CGUGUGCAGAAGUCCUUCUUGUUCUAGUCGUUGUUCCCGUCUGAGUACCAGCUCCCCAUUGCCCUGAGGGCGAGAGGGCCUGCGGCAGAGGGAAAAAGGAGGAGAAGAAGGAAGUCGUCCCGGAUCCCAGCAGUGGGUCCGAGGCUCUCCCGGGUUGCCAGUCUUUCCGUAGGUUGCGGCGCUACACUAGGAAAGAAAAGAGGAAGGAAAUUAACCCCGAUCGGUGAAGGUCGAUUCGAGGGUCGGCUGUAGCAGGUGGCACCACUUGAAGAGAGGGAGGAAGUUUCCUCGGAUCAGUAGAGAUUGCAAGGGUUGUUGGGCGUGGCACACCUCCAGGGGAGGGAAGAAGGGGUGGACUGCUGUUUGGAGCAGGUCCACCUCCAGUAUUAGCUACUGUGGCCUUGAAGUGGCUGAAGACGACCACCAUCCACAGGCCUGUACCCAGGCCCAUAGCCCUCCUGUCCCAGCCUGAGUGACUGCUCUCUUCCUUGGUCCCUGCUGUUGUCAGGGACGGGUGCAUGGGCUCCGCCAGGAAAGUAGGCUGGGUGACUGCGGGACUGGUGAUUGGGGCUGGCGCCUGCUAUUGCAUUUAUAGGCUGACUCGGGGAAGAAAACAGAACAAGGAGAAAAUGGCUGAGGGUGGGCCUGGGGAUGUGGACGAUGCUGGGGACUGUCCUGGGGCCAGGUACAAUGACUGGUCUGAUGAUGAUGACGACAGCAGUGACAACAAGGGUAUAGUGUGGUACCCUCCUUGGGCCCGGAUUGGGACUGAGGCCGGGACCAGAGCUAGGGCCAGGGCAAGGGCCAGGGCCACCCGGGCUCGUCGGGCUGUCCAGAAACGGGCUUCACCCAAUUCGGAUGAUACUAUUUUGUCCCCUCAAGAGCUGCAAAAAGUUCUUUGCUUGGUCGAGAUGUCUGAAAAGCCUUAUAUUCUUGAAGCGGCUUUAAUUGCUCUGGGUAACAAUGCUGCUUAUGCAUUUAACAGAGAUAUUAUUCGGGAUCUGGGUGGUCUCCCAAUUGUUGCAAAGAUUCUCAAUACUCGGGAUCCCAUAGUUAAGGAAAAGGCUUUAAUUGUCCUGAAUAACUUGAGUGUGAAUGCUGAAAAUCAGCGCAGGCUUAAGAUAUACAUGAAUCAAGUGUGUGAUGACACAGUCACUUCUCGCUUGAACUCAUCUGUGCAGCUGGCUGGACUAAGAUUGCUUACGAAUAUGACUGUUACUAAUGAGUAUCAGCAUAUGCUUGCUAAUUCCAUUUCUGACUUUUUUCGUUUAUUUUCAGCGGGAAAUGAAGAAACCAAAUUUCAGGUUUUGAAACUCCUUUUGAAUUUGGCUGAAAAUCCAGCCAUGACUAGGGAACUGCUUAGGGCCCAAGUACCAUCUUCACUGGGCUCCCUCUUUAAUAAGAAGGAGAACAAAGAGGUUAUUCUUAAACUUCUGGUCAUGUUUGAGAACGUAAAUGACAAUUUUAAAUGGGAAGAAAAUGAACCUACCCAGAAUGAAUUCAGUGAAGGUUCACUUUUUUUCUUUUUAAAAGAAUUUCAAGUGUGUGCUGAUAAGAUUCUGGGGCUAGAAAGUCACCAUGACUUCUUGGUGAAAGUAAAAGUUGGAAAAUUCAUGGCCAAACUGGCUGAGCAUAUGUUUCCAAAGAGCCAGGAAUAAGCUUUUGAUCUUGUAGUUUAGAACAACACAAGUUGUAAACUAUUCCUUUUCUCCACCUUGUUUAUAUGGUAAAGGAAUCCUUUCAGCUGCCAAUUUUGAAUAAUGAAUAUCAUAUUGUAUCAUCAACGCUGAUAUUUAUCUGAGUUGGUCUUCAGGUCUAAGCUGGAUGAGUGGUUAUCACUGCCUGUUCUGAAAACAUGUUUGUUGCUUUUUAUCUCACUGCCUAGAUUGAACUAUUUUUACUAUUUCUUCUGCAUAAGUGACAGUGAACCAAUUUGUCAUAAGUAAACUCCCUCCUGUCAUUUGCAUUGACUUCAUUUGUGUAUCAUCAACAAAGUUAUGUGUUAAUGCUGGAAAGAAAGAAAUAAGAAAGGAAGAAACCAUCCUUGUCCUUUGGGUUAUAAUCUAGUUGGAGAGAUAGGAAAAACACAAACAAAAAGAUAACUGAGAAUAUCUGGAGCAUAUACUCGUUGUCAAAUGUGUGCUCUCAGAGCACAGGGGAAGCAUAGGCUUCUGAGGGAUAUAGUAGUCAGCUACAGAUUCAUGGAGGAAGAUUCAUGAGUCCUGAAUAGGGUGGGUAGUUAGGACAUUCCAUGAGAUUGGAAUGAGGAGGGACUGGUGUGAGAAAGGCAUAGACGUAGGAACUCUCUUCUCUGACAAUGAGGAGACUAGUCUGCUUAGAGUGGAGAGUGUGGGGAAUGGAAGCAAAUGAAUUUGGAAAGCCGGGUGAUGGCAGUUUGUGGAGAGCUAUUUGAAUAUUAUCCCCCUGAACACCAAGGGCCAUUAAAUAUUUUUGGCUAGAAAGAAUAAUUGGAAUUCAUAUAAAAGUCCCUCUCUCAUCUAUUGUGCAGUGUCCAUGAGGAUGUGGCCAAAUGGACCCUUUCAAACCCUGGUGGUAGGAAUGAGUUUACACUGGCACAAGGUUUGUGGAGGGCCUUUUGGUAAUACAUAAGCCUUAAAAUAUGUAAACCCUUUUUUCCUAAGGAAAUGAUCAAAUAAUUGGCCAAAGACAAUAUGUAUAAGGCUGUUCAUCCCAGCACUGUGACUAAAAUAGUGAAAAUUGGAAAUAAUUCAAGUGUCUGGUACACUGGAUUGGUUAAAUAAAUUAAGGAAAGCUCAUACAAUAUAUAAUAAAUAUGUUGAUUCAGAUCCACUUUUGCCAGGAAAAGAUAGUCAUAAUUCAUUGGUAAGUGAGAAGGGUAGGUUAGAUAGCCAUACUCAUAGUGUGAUUCCAUUUUUUUAUAAUAAUAAAACAUAUGUUUAAGUAGACAUAAAAAAAAACUCUGGAAUUACAGACACCCAAAUAGUAACAGUAUUUAUCUUUGGGUGGAAGGAUAAUGAGUGAUCUUUAACUUUUUGCUUUUUAUUCAUGUAUGUACUCUUAUUUAUCUAAAAUGAAUAUUGAUUUUUCAGACAUUUUUGAAAGAGGAAAGUGUUGGGAAUGAAGCAAGUGAUUGGAGCAUGUACUGAAUGGAAAAAAUGUUUAGAUAAAACAUGAGAAGGAUUGGAGUUUCCUCUGAAAUGAUAGCUGAGUAGUGAAGAUGGGACUCAUUGUGAGAAUUAAAUGAAGUAAUACAUGCCAAAUACUUAGACUGUUCUGGCACAUAGCAGUUAGUUAAGAAAAAUGAGCACCCUUAAUUCCCUAGAAUGCAGGGUGGAUAGUGAUUUUGGUUGACCUUUGUUUUGCUGGGGGCAUUCUGCCAUGUGUCAGUGUCAUUUAAUACAUAAUAACAACAAUAAAGGUUAGCAUUUAUUAAGA